AUGGAGCAGUCGUCGGCACAGAAUCCCAUGCCGGGUCUGCCUCAUGUCGGUGUUCCUCAGGAUGCUCUUCCUGCGGAGUACUGGAAUACCCUGGACUCCAUCUAUCCAGACUCCCAAUUGCAAACCCAAGUGCCCCAGCCGCAAGAUCCAUCCACGCAAGGCCCCAUUGGUAUUAGCUGGGAUCACCCCGUAUUUCAGCAGCAACAACCACAGCCGCAACAACCUCAGCACCAGUGGAAUCCUCUUGCUGCACAGCCCAGCCCCAACCAUGGCAUCUACUCCUCGAUGCCUCCAACCAGGCAGUCAAAUCCAUUGCAACCAUCUCCACGAGCAUAUGGUGUAUCUCCACAGUACCAGACCCACCAGCAGAUUCCGCAAUAUCAACAACAGAGCCAGAUGGCCUUCGACACUCGUCCCCUCACUCCAUCCGAGAGCUCGUCGUUUCCCUCCUACUCUUCCUUCCCAUCGAAUUAUUACCAUCCACAGCAAUUGUCGAUGCAAGACUCCUAUGCAGCUCGAAAUUUCCAACCGCCACAACCACCCCAGCAACCGCAGCAAUCGGCUGAGUAUGCUGCGCCGACCCCCCAAUCCGCGAUGCCACAAUUUACGAUGCCCCCGGGGUUUCCCUCGGACAUCCUGCACGAUACAAUUGAUUUGACGGGCGAUUUCUCCAGUUCCGAACCGGGUGUUUCUCAUCAAACCAUCGAUCCUCAGUUUCUCAACCCCGUACAAUCCUCCAACCAACCCCAAUCUCUCGCCAAUUCAUUCCUUCACACGAACCCACCGAACUUCGAUAGACCAGAUGGGAGAAUCUUCAAUUACUUUGAGAACGAUCUCGCUGUUCAGCCUCAGAUAAGUACCAGCCCCCACCUAGCGAUGGGGAUGCCUGCUGGUAUGUGCCCGCUUCCCACCCUUUCCUCGCCUGUAACAUCUACUAAACUGAGCUCAGGUGGAUUCCCAUCGAAACUCCCCUCGCACCCCCAAUCCCAGGUUUUGAUUGAGGCACCCAAGAAGACCGCACCCAAGAAACAGACCCAGCCGAAGAAGGCCGGGGCAAAGACAUCCAAAAAGGUCAAGGCGCAGUCAGACAGCGAGAGCUCGGAUGGGUCGGAUCUUGAAGUCGACCCUGAGCCUUCACCAGCCCCUUCUGUUCGUCCCAGUGAUCCCAUUGGAGCUGCACAUUACGAUACUAUAAAAGCGGUAUGGUCUCCGCGCAACCUACGCGCUUCGGCGGAUACUGUUAAAGCUGCCCUGGUAGCCUUCAAGGAUGUCGUCAAGGCGCUUCGAGAUUCCUGGAAAGAUCAAGUUCAAGCUAUGAAGACGGCCGAGAAUCAGGGGGAUAACGAAAAAGCCACCAAACUCAAGCAAGAUGUGGCUCUACAACGGCGCAUUAUGGAAAAGAUUGUCACCACCACUCUGGAUACGGGUCACCCUGUGGUUAUCGAGAAGUUGGGCGAACACCCUGUCGCACUGUCCGUGUUUUAUUCGUUUUUGACCGAUCGUUUCCAGGCGGCGGAUCUGGAAGGCUCGUUGACGCUGAACAUUCUCAAGCUUCUCGCCCACUUUAUCACUGUAGAUGAGGAAUUAUUACAAAAAACGAACAUGGCCAAACUGUUACCGAGAUUUGUCAAGAAGGGCAGCCCUUCUGUUAAAGAACUUGCCCAGACCAUUUUAGACAACGCUGCUGCUUCCUCAAAACGCAAGCAGAACAAUACGAAGUCGGGUAAAGAAGAUUCACCAACUAAAAAUUCAGCAAGAGACUCACCUUCCGUGGAGCUCGCGGGAUACAAACGUCCUCGAGAUGGCGAAAGCAAUGUGCCGCCGGCCACAAAGCGGAUGGUUGUCACCUCAAAUCCAAAGGAUGCGGCCAAAUCCACUGUGGCAAACGGCUCAGCCAAACGUCCCUCUGAGGGCGUGCAGAAUGGCAAGGCUGUGAACACGACUGCCCCUCGUCCCAAGACCAACAUCGUGGCACCAAAGCCCACCAGUCUCUUCAGUGCAUUGAACUCCGCCUCCAAGAGACCAGGAACAACAAACGCCGAGCGAAAAGCUACUGCUGCGGCAAAGCCAACACCUCCCCCAGAAACUAAAGAGAAGCCAGUGGCACCCCCUCCAAAACCUGCAUUCUCAUUCGGUGACCUCAUGGCGGACCUUAACAAACCGAAGGAGAAUGUUGUUGUUAAGCCUGCCGAGGAUAUACCACCGGAGACAGAAGAAGAGCGCACGAAGCGCCUUAGAAAGGAAGCUCGGCGUAAAAUGCGGGUCACUUGGAAGCCGGAUGACUCUCUUACUGAAGUCCGGCUGUUUACACACGACCCUGAUGAAGAGCUGGGCCCGGGUGAUGGCUCCAUGCAUGGCUUGGGAGAUGUGAAAGGUGAGGGCAGCGUGCUUAAGCUGCACAAGGAUCUGGAGGAGCUGGAAGAAGACGACCUCGGUGGUAUUCGUGAAAUCACUCUUGAUGAUUACACUGGUCUGUCUGGUAAGCCCGAUAUGUCUCAAAUGUAUUUUUCAUAUCGUAUUCAAACUAAUUCACAAUUAGCAAUUCUUACCGAGUCUGAGGAACUGAAGCAAAGCAACUUCAUCAAAGGUGGUGGCGCACGUGUACCCGAUAGCCCCGAAAAGGAAGCUCAAGAUCAGCGCGAGUCGACUACCCUGAUGGUCUUUUAUACCUCUCCUGCCGAUGUUCCUCCCUCGCCUAAAGAACCCCCUGCUUCUGAUACCGACGAAGUCGCGCCUGAGAAAGUUGCCUUUGGAGAGGUGCCUGAUUACAUUAAGGCUCGGGAUGAGCGUUACUUCGAGUUCAUGAACCCUAAACCCGCUGUCACCUCUGACGCAGCAGCUCAACCUAGUUCUACAACUGGUGGCUUUGACAUUUCCAACCUGCUCAAGCUCAUUAACAAUAGUAAUCAGCAGCAGUCUACUCCUCCACCGCAGCCUCCCCAGCCUGCUCCUCAGCAAGCGCCGAUGUCGGACCUGGAACGGACAAUCAGUAUGUUCCGUCAACAACAAGCUCAGCCCCAGGUCCCCCAAGUUCCGCAGAUUCCGACAACUAUACCUUCCACUCAGCCAUCGGCUGCUCCGGGUAGCGUGGAUUUUACAAAGCUCUUGAGUGUUAUGCAACAGAUGCAGCAAGGUUCUGGUCUGCAACAACCUCAACAGCCCCAGCAGAGCCAACCGAACAUGAUGCCCAAUCUUGGUGCCAUAUUUUCUCAAUUUACCGGACAGAAUCAGCAAGGGGUGGCUCAAUACCCCCCACAGCCUCAAUAUGAAGAUCCCGAACGCAAGAGAAUGCGAGAGGGUGGUCAAUAUGAUGAGGAAUACGACAGCCAAUGGAGUCGCCAGAAGCGAACCAAGUCGAAUGAUCCCAAACCUUACAAGGUUGGACUUGUUGCUUGCAGGUUUUGGGCCGAAGGUAAAUGCAGAAAAGGAGAAAACUGCACUUUCCGCCACGAAAAUUAG